AGGUGCGCGACGUGCGCCUGGAGGUGGACGAGCUGCGGCGGCAGCUGCAGCCCGCCGCCUCGGACUCGCAGGUCACCGUGAACGGCGAGUCGUCGCCGGCGAGGUUCGAGGCCGAGAGACUGCACGGCGAGGUGGCCACGAUCACCCGGGAGCUGCUCGAGAACGCCGCCCGGGCGCAGCGCAACCUCGAGGCCGAGGUGCGGGAGGCCAGGGCCGUCGUGGCGCAGGGCGGCGACGACGGCGCGGACUCCGCAACGGUGGCGGCGCUGGAGCAGCUGCGCGUGCAGCUCUGGGAGUCGCGCCAGCAGGAGGAGCAGGUGCGGGGCGAGCUGCGGGAGACCGCGGCGGCCCUGGCCCGGGCGCAGCAAGGCUACGAGGGUGCCGAGCGCAGGGUGCAGGAGCUGGGCGACCAGAAACGCCUCGCCGACCAGGCGGCUUCCCAGGUGCACGGCCGCAUGAACGAGUUCCAGAGGCUUGAGAACGAGGCCCGCAUCGCCGCCUCCGCGCAGCUCCGGCCCGCCGACCCGCCGCAGCCGCCGCCCGAGGGCGGUGCGCCGCAGAGCCCGCAGGAGGCACGGCCGCCCGGCGUCCUGGAGCGGCUGCAGGAGACCGGCGAGGGCGAGAGCAGCGACUCUGGGGAGUACUUCUGAGCCCGCCCGCUGCCGGGGUUGCCGCGCCCGUCGGGGGCGGCCUGACCGGCCGCCGGGGGGAGCGACCCCCC